AUGUUGUGUGAAUCUCACCCGAACGUUCUUCUGCCCUGGGAUGUGCAUCAGAGCCUUAUCAUCAAGUCAUCCGCCAGCGCCACCCGUCUGAUCCGUCUGCUGAUGAAGAGUUUUUUUACUCAAGAAGAGCUGGCUGCUUCCUCUUUGUCAGGCGAGGGCAUCUACAAGAAACGACUUGACCCCAGUGUUACAGAAUCAAUCAAGUGUGAGUACCCUGUGUUGCCACUUGAUGUUUGCUAA